CCCUCUCUCUUCAAAUCUUUUUUGAAGCCAAGCCCUCCUCUCUGUUAUUCUCUCUCUAAAACCCUCGCUUUCUCUUACUAGGGUUUCGAUAUCAGUUCUAGGGUUUGGGAACGAUGUCGUUGAGGCCUAACGCAAGGACCGAGGUCCGUCGGAACAGGUACAAGGUGGCGGUGGAUGCCGAGGAGGGUCGGAGGCGCCGGGAGGACAACAUGGUGGAGAUCAGGAAGAAUCGCAGGGAAGAGAGCCUUCAGAAGAAGCGUCGUGAAGGACUUCAGGCGCAGCAAUUGCCAGCUACUCUUCCUUCCUCGGCUCUCGAGAAGAAGUUAGAACAUCUGCCAAGCAUGGUUGCAGGUGUUUGGUCUGAUGAUAGUACUCUGCAGCUUGAGGCAACUACACAGUUUAGAAAGCUUCUUUCAAUUGAGCGCAGCCCUCCUAUUGAGGAAGUCAUACAAUCAGGAGUUGUCCCACGCUUUGUUGAGUUUUUGAUGAGAGAGGACUUUGCACAGCUUCAGUUUGAGGCAGCUUGGGCUCUCACAAACAUUGCUUCUGGGACAUCUGAGAACACAAAAGUUGUCAUUGAUCAUGGUGCUGUCCCAAUAUUUGUAAAACUUCUUGGUUCUCCCAGUGAUGAUGUUCGGGAGCAGGCUGUGUGGGCUUUAGGAAAUGUUGCUGGUGACUCUCCUCGGUGUCGUGAUCUUGUACUCAGUCAAGGGGCUUUGAUUCCUUUGCUGGCCCAGUUGAAUGAGCAUGCCAAGCUCUCUAUGCUGAGAAAUGCAACCUGGACGCUUUCAAAUUUUUGCAGAGGGAAGCCACAGCCUCCUUUUGAUCAGGUGAAACCAGCACUUCCAGCUCUUGCACGCCUUAUUCAUUCAAACGAUGAAGAAGUUUUGACUGAUGCAUGCUGGGCACUUUCAUAUCUUUCUGAUGGUACGAAUGACAAAAUUCAAGCAGUUAUCGAGGCAGGAGUUUGCCCCCGUUUGGUUGAGCUUUUACUUCAUCCAUCUCCUUCAGUUCUCAUUCCAGCGCUUCGAACGGUUGGAAAUAUUGUAACGGGAGAUGAUUUACAAACUCAGGUCAUCAUCAAUCAUCAAGCCCUUCCUUGUCUCCUGAACUUGUUGACGAAUAAUUAUAAGAAGAGCAUCAAGAAGGAAGCUUGUUGGACUAUUUCGAAUAUCACAGCUGGAAACAAGGAGCAGAUUCAGGCUGUAGUUGAGGCUAAUAUUAUUGCUCCUCUUGUUAAUCUGCUUCAAAAUGCUGAGUUUGAUAUUAAGAAAGAGGCUGCCUGGGCAAUCUCAAAUGCUACAUCUGGUGGUUCUCAUGAACAGAUCAAGUUCUUGGUAAGUCAAGGUUGUAUCAAGCCCUUGUGUGACCUUCUUAUCUGCCCCGAUCCUAGGAUUGUCACAGUUUGUCUGGAAGGGCUCGAAAACAUCUUGAAGGUGGGAGAAGCUGAGAAGAAUUUGGGCAACAAUGGAGGUGUGAAUCUCUAUGCUCAAAUGAUUGAUGAUGCUGAGGGAUUAGAAAAAAUUGAGAACCUACAGAGUCAUGACAACACUGAAAUAUAUGAGAAAGCAGUAAAAAUUCUUGAGACAUACUGGUUGGAGGAAGAAGAUGAAACUAUGCCACCAGGCGAUGGAUCUCAAUCUGGAUUCAAUUUUGGUGGAAGUGAGAUUCCUGCUGUUCCUUCUGGUGGAUUCAACUUCAGCUAAAGGAUUUUGGCUGGUUCUUCAAAAUAGUCCAUGUCGGGGAUAAUAAUUUGGGUCGGGUCGGGUGUCAGGUCAGGUGUCUUGUCUCAUGUUUGAGUCCUGUAUCAUCCAUUCUCGGAUGUGGUAUGUAGGGGUGGACUGGCGUGGCUGGGACUAAAAGGAGUGUGGGAAGUUACGGAAUGAUCAUAUGAUGAGAUCUGCUACAGCAAUGAAAUUCCUGGGUUCUAAUUUUGGUGAGUAGGUGGCCCAAUGGGUUGGGCUAUCCCCAUACAGCAGAUGUUGAGUCUUUUCAUAAUCGUUUUCUUUUCUUUUUAUUUAUAUUAUUGUUUUAAUUGUCAUAGAACUGGUGUAGCUAAAGUGUUACCAAGUGAUUUUGGCAAUUCUAAAGUUAAUACAUUUGCCAUGUAGGUGUGAGGAAUUCUGUUCCUGUACUUUUCUUGUGUGAUGAUAAAAUUUUAAUUUUUCUUUUUUUUUUUUUUUUUUUUUGGGGGCGGGGGCCUUAAAAGCUGUUCAAUAUUUAGAUCUAUUGUCAGGGGAUACGUUUAUUUGAUUUUAUGUUUGAAGUUGUCUUGAAAAAAACUCUUUAUUAUGAAGGAAAAGAGUUAAUAUUAUUUA